AUGACUAUUGCGUUCCAAUCGUCUGUGUUUGCAUUAAUUGCAAUUUCAACUCUACUAGUGAUUGGUGUACCUGUCGCACUUGCCUCUCCUAAUGGUUGGUCAAGUAACAAAAAUGUACUAUUUUCCGGCGUAUCAUUAUGGAUUGGAUCAGUCUUUUUAGUAGGUAUUCUAAAUUCUUUCAUAUCUUAA